GUCAGUGUCAAUGUCACUUGUGUUGUCAGAUGUCUCGUCCAUCCACCUGUCAGUCAGUCUUUUUGAAAAGAAGAUGAAGGUAAAAGCAAGUCAAGGUUAAAUUAUUAACUUUAAAGUUUUAAGUUUAACAAAUCUAAUUAGUGCCAGUUUUAUACAAAAAAUAAAUCAACAAUAUGACUACCGAAGCAGAGGAAAAAGCUCUUAGGUAUAGAAGGGCGCAAAGUGUAACUAAAGCCGAGGAAAUCACUGAAAAAGAAAACAAGGCUCGUAGACUUCAAUUUGAUAAACCAUGCCACAAACCAAGAGAUUCCUUGUUUUCAUGGAGUUCUGAGUUCACAAACUUCACUGGCUUAGUGAAUUGGGGCUUUCUGAUGCUAACUAUUGGUGGUGUUCGUCUGUUUUUAGAGAACAUUCUCAAGUAUGGAAUUCGAGUUAAUCCUAUUGAAUGGAUCAUUGUGCUUACAGGGUAUAAUGAAGGCAAUAAUUACCAGUUCCCAUCAGUCAUUCUUUUAAUAUUCAGUGUUGUACCAGCUGUGACUACUCUGCUGAUUGAAAAAGCUGUAGCUGUGGAUAUUUUACCAGAAAAGUUAGGUCUUGGUUUACAAAUAUCAAAUAUUUUAUUUGUGAUAAUAUUGCCUGUGGUUGUGUUGCAUUUCAAAGGACCAGAAUUUAGUUUUGUGGGAAUAACAACAGUGUGUAUGAUCUAUUUGAUUUUAUUCCUUAAGUUGUGGAGCUACACACAAACAAAUCACUGGUGUAGAAAUGGAAUGAAGGGAAAAAUGGCCAAGCAUAAACUGAGAAGGCAAAGCUUAUCAGCACCUAAUUGGAAUAAACUAACGCACCCUGAACAAGAGCAGAGUUUCGACGAUGACAAGAAUGACGCGAUCGCAGCGGCUCGUCUCGUCAAGUACCCCGAUAACCUGCACCUUAAAGACCUGUGCUACUUUCUGUUCGCCCCCACCCUGUGUUAUGAGUUGAAUUUCCCCCGCACGACACGGAUAAGGAAGAGGUUCCUAGUCAAACGCCUGCUGGAAGUUAUGUUCGGGAUAAACCUUGUUCUAGCACUGUUCCAGCAAUGGAUGAUACCGUCUGUCACCAAUUCUGUGGAUCCAUUCUCUCAAAUGGACCCGAUCAAGAUUACUGAAAGACUCCUCAAACUUUCUGUGCCGAACCACUUAAUCUGGCUGUGCUUCUUCUACCUAAGCUUCCAUUCGUUCCUAAACCUGAUGGGCGAGCUCCUUCACUUCGCCGACCGCAAGUUCUACGGCGACUGGUGGAACGCGAACAACAUCUCCGUGUUCUGGAGCACGUGGAACAUGCCCGUGCACGUGUGGGCCGUGCGCCACGUGUACAUCCCCAUCACGGAGAUGGGGUAUAGCAAGGUGGCGGCCAGUGCUGUCGUGUUCUUCAUAUCGGCUUUCUUUCAUGAGUAUUUGGUGAGCGUGCCUCUUCAAAUGUUCCGAAUCUGGGCGUUCCUUGGGAUGAUGGUGCAGCCUCCCCUAGCCGUGAUAUCGCGCUUCGCAGAGCUGAAGUUCGGCCCUCGCUAUGGUAACAUGAUGGUGUGGGCUUCCCUCAUCCUCGGCCAGCCACUGGCUAUCAUGAUGUACUACCAUGACUACGCUCUGGAACACUUCAAACCCAUACAAUAAGAACUAAACUGCAAUCAAAACACAACUCUAUUACUUUACAUGUAAGAAUACUUUUCUAUUCAACUCGAAACAUGGGUCUUGCUGAUCCUCGCCGGCAGCGGCUGGCUAGCGAGCCAUUAUCAAUCAAUCAAAAAACAACUCUAUUCCUUACACGUAAGAACACUUUUCGUAUUUCAUCUCGAAACGUGGGUCUCUGAUCUUCGGUCUGUCGUUGGUCAUUAUGAUGUCCUACCAUCACUACGCUCGCGAACACUUUAAGCCGAUUCAAUAGCUCGCUGUAAUAGAAACACAACUCUAUUUCUUACAUGUAAGAAUACUUUUCUAUCGCGUCUGGACACCGCGUGCAAUAUACAGUCGACUGCACAUAAAAAUACAUUUCCGUUACAAAAAGACACCUAAUUACAACUAUUUAAGAUCAGUUUUUAGAUUGAUUUUCUCUGUGCUGUCGACUGUACAAAGGUAUUUAUUUAUUAAGGUACAGCAAAAGAUUGCAAAUCAUGUAUAGUAUAGUCAAUCACAUAUAGUGUAUAUUUAGAGAGAGAGAAAGUUGUUUUUCGCAAAUAAUUGCAAAGUUAUUUGCGGGAGACUUUCUGCAAAAAUUGCAAUCAAAAUAAGGCUAUUUCUACUAAUAAGAAUACUUUUUAUAUGUAGUGUCUCGAAAUUAUACAGAUUUAAGCAAUGUACAAAGAAGAUACGUGUAUAUUUGAAAGAUAAGAGAAAGUGCUUGCCAUCAUAAUAUCAGAAAUUAGAUUUCUAAGAUGAAUUGAAUUAUGUAUGAAAAAAUAUACAAUUUGUUCAUUACUAAUACUCAGAUGCUGAAGAUUAUUAUUGUACAGGGGUUAGAUAAAUACUAAUACAGGGUCAAAGAGAAAUAAUUGUACCAAAAAAUUUGUUACAAUAGACAUUAGAAUACAUCAAGACAUUAAUAUUAUAAUAAAUAUCUGGGUAUUAGCUGUUUUAUAUGUUGGGGUUAGGUGUUGGGUGCUUGAUCAAUAUUAAUAAUAAUAAUUAAUAAUUUAUAUGCAAUAAUUAAUAGUGGUUUUGAUAAUAUGUAUAUUUUUUACAUUUUGGAAAAGACUGACUGUUUUCCACGUUUCUAUUCCGAAAAUGCAUUUUUAUGUUCCUUCGACUAUGAACUACUAUUUUGUCGGUUAAAUAAAUCAGAAUGUACAUACAUAAUAUAGUAUUAUUAUAAUUAUUUAUAAUAUACAAGGAUUUUUUAUGAAUUGUUCACAUACCAAAUUAUAAUAUAUAGUUAUUUAAUUAAUAUGAAUUUUUGAUAGAAUUAUGUAGAAAAAUGUUGCCAUUUUGAUGUAUUUAUUUUUUGUACUUUUAUACAAUCUUGUUAGAAAUGUUAACUUAUAGAAAUAAAAUAUAUUGGCUAUGCAAAAAGUAGCUGUAAUUUGUUUUCAUUAUAUUAAUGUUUGAAUGAACUUUUAAUAAAAAUAUUUAUUUAAUUUUUGUUUCA